UUAAUAAAAACCAUUGUUAAAAAUUACAAAAUUAUUGGUAAGUUAAAACAUUCAGAAAUGGAAUUCUGUCAUCAAAAAGAAAAUAAAUGUAGGCGAUUCAAAGAUCUUCUGAGAAAUUGGUUUGGUCAAGGAUUCAAGGAAAGAGCAAACGUUGUUAAUACGAAGAAAACAAAGAGCACUUUCAUAAAAUAUAUGAAAAAAAUCUUUAAUAGAAAAACCAGAGAAAGAACACUUAAAAACUGCGUUGAAUCCGAAAUGAUUACUGUCCCUGUCGAACCAGGUUAUAAUGAAGAUAGAAUAAUGGAUAAUUCCAAUAAAAUCGGUGACCACGAAACUUUAGAAGCAAGAGAUAUAGAUGAACUAGAUGAUGAAUCAGUUACUUCUAUACCAGGGUCUGAAUUAUCACUCACCAGUAUAGUGACUGUAAUUGAAGUUACAAGAAAGAAUUUCGAUCACAAUAACGUAAACUUGGAAGAACGAGAAGAGGUACAAAACAUUAGCGAUUUGCCUGUUUGAAAAGAAGAAAUUUUAAUAAAUUAUUCAAUUUU